AUGCUAGCAUCGAUGUGCCUUUCCAUUGCGUUCAUUAUCAUCGAUACGUGUGUCGUUCUGAACGCUUUCCCGGCCCAUACGCUACCUACUGGAGUUGAACCAUUCUGGAAGCUGUCAUUUAUCUUCAAAUGUCUCUGUGACACCGUCAUCCUCGACGACUUCAAAACAGCACUUGAUCGAAUGCGAAACUACUGGCUACGGAAACAGGCAAGGAAUGGCGAAGUCCUUCUUCCAGAAACUCAAUACGAGCCCGGCAGUCGCAGACAUGAAGAGGAUGACCUCGAGGCGUUUGGUAGUGGGAGACGGGGCAGUGGACUCAGAAAGCCCGAUUCGGCGGUCCCGCGAGUUCACACAAGGGAAGAUGCGAAAAUCUUAGGAGUUGAUGCACUUAAUUUGGUCACUGUCUGA